ACCCUGCAGCUUCUUAGUCCUCCAGGGAGCCAGGACAACGAGCAGCAAGGACAGAGCACGGAGCACUGUCGGUGGCGGCAGCGCGCGGCAGGACAAGGGCCAUGCUCCUAGUCUGCCCGCGCUUCUUCCUCCUGGUGGCUCUGGGUACCCACUGGUUGGGCUGGGGCAGCCACCAGGCAGAGGCUGCGCGGCUAAGGCAGUUCUAUGUGGCUGCUCAGGGGAUCCUCUGGAACUACCAUCCUGAGCCCACAGAUCCAAGUUUGAAUUCUAUACCUUCUUUCAAGAAAAUUGUCUACAGAGAGUAUGAGCCACAUUUUAAGAAAGAGAAACCACGAUCUAGCAACUCAGGACUUCUUGGACCUACUUUAUAUGCUGAAGUUGGCGACGUCAUUAAAGUUCACUUUAAAAACAAAGCAGAAAAACCACUAAGUAUCCAUCCUCAAGGAAUUAAAUACAGUAAAUUUUCAGAAGGGGCUUCUUACCUGGACCACACAUUCCCUGUUGAGAGGAUGGAUGAUGUCGUGGCUCCUGGAGAAGAAUACACCUAUGUAUGGGUCAUCAGUGAGGACAGCGGGCCCACACCCGAUGACCCACCAUGCCUUACCCACAUCUACUACUCCUAUGAAAACCUGACCCAGGAUUUCAACUCAGGCCUGAUUGGGCCUCUGCUUAUCUGCAAGAAAGGCACCCUGACUGAGGAUGGGACUCAGAAGAUGUUUGACAAGCAACAUGUGCUUCUGUUUGCUGUGUUUGAUGAAAGCAAGAGCUGGAGCCAGUCACCAUCCCUAAUGUACACAGUCAAUGGCUUUGUGAAUAGGACGAUGCCAGAUGUAACAGUCUGUGCCCAUGAUCAUGUCAGCUGGCAUUUGAUUGGGAUGAGCUCGGCGCCAGAAUUGUUUUCUAUUCACUUCAACGGCCAAGUCCUAGAGCAGAACCAACAUAAAUUGUCCACUGUCACUCUGGUCAGUGCGACAUCUAAGACUGCAAACAUGACCAUGAGCCCAGAAGGAAAAUGGAUUGUUUCUUCUCUCAUCCCAAAGCAUUAUCAAGCUGGGAUGCAGGCUUACAUUGACAUUAAAAACUGCCCAAAGAAAACGAGGAGCCCCAAGACACUCACUCGAGAGCAGAGGCGGCACAUGAGGAGGUGGGAAUAUUUCAUUGCUGCAGAGGAGGUCAUUUGGAACUAUGCACCUGUGAUACCCGCGAAUAUGGACAAAAAAUACAGAUCUCUGCACUUGGAUAAUUUCUCCAACCAAAUUGGAAAACAUUACAAGAAAGUUAUUUACAGGCAAUAUGAAGACGAGACCUUCACCAAACGCACCGACAAUCCUGGUAUCAAACAAAGUGGGAUCUUGGGCCCUGUUAUUAGAGCCCAGGUCAGGGACACACUCAAGAUCGUGUUUAAAAAUAUGGCCAGCCGACCCUACAGCAUUUACCCUCAUGGGGUGACCUUCUCUCCUUACGAAGACGGAGUCAAUUCUUCCUCCACCUCAGGCAAUCACACCAUGAUCAAACCAGUUCAACCAGGGGAAACCUUCACUUACAAAUGGAACAUUCUAGAGUUUGAUGAACCCACGGAAAACGAUGCCCAGUGCCUAACAAGACCAUACUACAGUGAUGUGGACGUUACAAGGGACAUUGCCUCUGGGCUAAUAGGGUUACUUCUAAUUUGUAAGAGCAGGUCCCUGGACCAGAGAGGCGUACAGAGGGUGGCAGACAUCGAGCAGCAGGUCGUGUUUGCCCUGUUUGAUGAGAACAGAAGCUGGUACAUCGAGGACAACAUCAACAAGUUCUGUGAGAACCCUGAUGAGGUGAAGCGUGAUGACCCCAAGUUUUACGAAUCAAACAUCAUGAGCACUAUCAAUGGCUACGUGCCUGAGAGCAUAUCCACUCUAGGAUUCUGUUUUGAUGACACUGUCCAGUGGCACUUCUGCAGUGUGGGAACUCAUGACGAUAUUUUGACCGUCCACUUCACUGGGCACUCAUUCAUCUGUGGGAGGAGGCACGAGGACACCUUGACCCUGUUCCCCAUGCAUGGUGAAUCCGUGACUGUCACGAUGGAUAACGUUGGAACUUGGAUGUUGACCACCAUGAAUUCCAAUCCAAAACGCAAAAACCUAAGACUGAAAUUCAGGGAUGUUAAGUGUAUCCCGAAUUAUGAUGACGAAAACUCACAUGAGAUUUAUGAACCUCUUGCACCUACAUCCAUGACAACUCGGAAAAUUCAUGACUCCUCAGAAGAUGACUUUGGCACAGACGACGGAGAUUAUGAUUACCAGUCAUUACUGGCAUCAGCACUAGGAAUUAGGUCAUUCACAAACUCAUCCAUGAAUCUGGGAGAAGAUGACUACAAUCUCACUGCUCUUGCUCUAGAGAACAGCUCUGAGUUCGUAUCUCCAAGCACAGACAGAGUUGUUGACUCAAAAUCUUCAAGAAACUUUAGCAUGGCUGGUACCGUCCUUGGAAACCUCACUGGCUUAGAUGAGAACUCCAUCCCCAACCCUUCUACAGAACAUCGUUCCAACUCAUAUCAUGAAAAUGAUAAGGAAAAUCCACAGUCAAACAUCACAGUGGUAUACCUACUUCCUCUUGAUCCAAAAGGAUCAGGGAGUCGAGAACAGUCUAAACCUAAAACAAUCAAGACAGGAAGACCCCACAGGAUGAAGCACAGGUUCUCCUGGAUGAAAGCGCCAGCUGGUAAAACUGGAAGGCAUUCAAACCCAAAGAACACUUAUUACAGAGUGAAGUCUGAGGAGGACAUUCCUAAUGACUUCUUACUCUUAAAACAAAAGAUCGCAUCCAAAUUUCUGAACAGUCAAUGGCAUGUAGCUUCUGAAAAGGGUAGUUAUGAAAUAAUACCAGCAAAUGGUGAAGACACAGAUGUUGAAAAGCUGACAAACAGUCCUCAAAAUCAGAAUACCUCAAUACCUUGGGGAGAUAGCACCUCCCACACAAACACAACAGGAAAGCCAAAUGUCCUCCAAACAUUUUCUGGAGUUAGACGUAAAUCAUCCCAAGUAAGACAGGAGGAAAAAAACAGUGGCUUUAAGAAAAGACAGUUGUACAUCAGGACCCGGAAGAAGAAGAACAGGAAGCUUGCACUACACAGUCCUCUAUCUCCAAGGGGCUUUUACCCUCUGAGAGGAGAUGACUAUCUCCCAUUUUCAGACAGGAGACUACUUAAUCACUCGCUGUUACUCCACAAGUCCAAUGAAACAGCUCUUUCCACAGACCUGAAUCAGACCUCUCCUUCAGCGAGUAUUGACAGGUCACUUCGGGACUAUAAUCAGAACCCCUCAAAUGACACUGAGCAGAAGAGCUCUUCUUUAAAUCUCUAUCAGUCAGUGCCCCCAGAGGAACAGACUCCAAUAUUUCCUGCCCAAGAUCCUGGUCAAACACACACUCCCACAGAUCCUACCUACAGAUCCUCUCCUCCAGAGCACAACCAGGGGCUUGAUUAUGACCUAAGCCAUGAACUUUACCCUGAUGACAUUGGUCAAAUAUCUUUCUUUCCGAACCAAAAGUCACCUCUUUCUUCAGGUGAUGGCCAAGCAAUCCCUUCCUCAGACUUAAGCCUCUUUACCACCUCUCCAGAGUUGGACCAGACGAUUAUUUACCCAGACCUUGGUCAGGUGCCUCUUUCUCCAGAUGACAACCAGAAGACCUCCUCCCCAGACCUUGGUCAGGUGCUUCUUUCUCCAGAUGACAACCAGAAGACCACCUCCCCAGACCUUGGUCAGGUGCCCCUUUCUCCAGAUGACAACCAGAAGACCUCCUCCCCAGACCUUGGUCAGGUGCUUCUUUCUCCAGAUGACAACCAGAAGACCUCCUCCCCAGACCUUGGUCAGGUGCCCCUUUCUCCUGACAACCAGAAAACCUCCUCCCCAAACCUGGGCCAUGUGUCCUUUUCUCCAGAUGACAACCAGAAGACUUUCUCAGACCUGGGUCAGGUGUCUCUUUCUCCAGAUGACAACCAAAAGACUUCCCCAGACCUUGGUCAGGUACCCCUUUCCCUGGAUGACAACCAGGAGGCCUCUUCCCCAGAUCUGGGUCAGGUGCCAUUUUUUCCUGAUGACAACCAAAAGACUUACUUCCUAGACCUGGGUCAAGCACCUCUCUCCUCAGACCAAAACCAGGAGACCUCCUUCACAGACCUUAGCCUACUGACUCUCUCUCCAGAAUUUGGUCAGACAGUCCUUUCCCCAGACUUGGAUCAGAUGCCCCUCUCCUCAGACAACAGUCAACUGACCCUUUCCCCAGACCUCAGCCUCUUGACCCUCUCACCAGAUUUUAAUGAGAUAAUCCUAUCCCCAGACCUUGGUCAGGUGACCCUCUCUCCAGACCUCAUCCAGACAAACCCUCCUCUUAAUCACAAACACAAACCAUCCUCUGCAGACUCCAGUCAAGCAUCCUACCCUCCAGAUUCUGGUGAGUCUUCACCCCUUCCAGAACUGAAUCAGACUCUUCUGCAUCCAGAUCUCACUCACACACCACCUCCUUUACCAUCUCCCACACUGAAUGACACUUCUUUGUCAAAGAACUUUAACCCUCUCGUUGUAGUAGGUCUCAGUAGAGUUGAUGGAGACGACGUUGAAAUUAUUCCAAGUAAGGAGCUAGAGAGCAUAGAUGAAGAUUAUGCUGAGGAUGACUAUGUGGCCUAUAAUGACCCCUAUAUAACAGACACCAGGACAGAUAUCAACUCCUCCAGAAAUCCUGAUACUAUUGCAGCAUGGUACCUCCGAGGCCAUGGUGGAAACAAAAAAUUCUACUAUAUUGCUGCUGAAGAAAUAUCCUGGGAUUAUUCAAAAUUUGCACAAAGUGAAAUGGACCAUGAAGACACAGACCCCACUCCAAAGGACACUACAUACAAGAAAGUCAUUUUCAGAAAAUACCUUGAUAGUACUUUCACAAGUCGUGAUCCUGGGGCAGAAUAUGAGGAGCACCUUGGCAUUCUUGGUCCUGUUAUCCGUGCUGAAGUGGAUGAUGUGAUUCAAGUUCGAUUUAAAAAUUUAGCAUCCAGACCAUAUUCUCUUCAUGCCCAUGGACUUUCCUAUGAAAAGUCCUCAGAGGGAGAGUCUUACGAAGAUGACUCUCCUGAAUGGUUUCAGGAAGAUGAUGCUGUCCAGCCCAAUAGCAGUUACACAUAUGUAUGGCAUGCCACCGAGCGCUCGGGGCCAGAGAACCCUGGCUCUGCCUGCCGGGCUUGGGCCUAUUAUUCUGCUGUGAAUGUGGAGAGAGACAUCCACUCAGGCUUGAUCGGCCCCCUUCUGAUCUGCCGGAAAGGAACACUUCACAGGGAGAGCAACCUGCCUCUGGACAUGAGAGAGUUUGUCUUACUCUUCAUGACCUUUGAUGAGAAGAAGAGCUGGUACUAUGAAAAAUCCAAAGGGUCAUGGAGAAUUGAAUCUCCAGAAGCAAAAAGUUCCCACGAGUUUCACGCAAUUAAUGGGAUGAUCUACAACCUGCCCGGCCUGAGGAUGUACGAACAAGAGUGGGUGAGGCUACACCUGCUGAACAUGGGAGGCUCCCAAGAUAUUCACGUGGUUCACUUUCAUGGCCAGACCCUGCUGGAUAAUAGGACCAAACAGCACCAAUUAGGGGUCUGGCCCCUUCUGCCUGGUUCAUUUAAAACUCUUGAAAUGAAGCCAUCCAAGCCUGGCUGGUGGCUCCUAGACACAGAGGUUGGAGAAAACCAGGUAGCCGGCAUGCAAACGCCAUUUCUCAUCAUAGACAAAGAGUGUAAGAUGCCAAUGGGACUAAGCACUGGUGUCAUCUCUGAUUCACAGAUCAAGGCUUCAGAAUAUCUGACUUAUUGGGAGCCCAGAUUAGCACGAUUAAACAAUGGUGGUUCAUACAAUGCUUGGAGUAUAGAAAAAACUGCAUUAGAUUUCCCCAUUAAACCUUGGAUCCAGGUGGACAUGCAGAAGGAAGUUGUAGUCACCGGGAUACAAACCCAAGGUGCUAAACACUACCUAAAGUCUUGCUUUACCACGGAGUUCCAAGUGGCUUACAGCUCUGACCAAGCCAACUGGCAGAUCUUCAGAGGGAACAGCACGAAGAGCGUAAUGUAUUUUUCUGGCAAUUCAGAUGCCUCUACAAUAAAAGAGAAUCGACUUGACCCACCUAUUGUGGCUAGAUACAUCAGGAUACAUCCAACAAAAUCCUAUAACAGACCCACCCUUCGGUUGGAGCUGCGGGGCUGUGAGGUGAAUGGAUGUUCCACACCACUGGGCCUGGAAGAUGGAAGGAUUCAAAACCAGCAAAUUACUGCAUCUUCAUUUAAGAAGUCAUGGUGGGGAGACUACUGGGAGCCUUCCCUUGCCCGCCUGAAUGCCCAGGGCCGUGUGAAUGCCUGGCAAGCCAAGGCAAACAACAACAAGCAGUGGUUACAAGUCGAUCUGCUCAAAAUCAAGAAGGUAACAGCCAUCGUAACACAGGGCUGUAAGUCUCUAUCCUCUGAGAUGUAUGUGAAGAGCUACACCAUCCAGUACAGUGACCAGGGUGUGACGUGGAAAUCUUACCGGCAGAAAUCCUCCAUGGUGGACAAGAUUUUUGAAGGAAAUAGCAAUACCAAAGGGCAUGUGAAGAACUUUUUCAACCCACCCAUUAUUUCCAGAUUUAUCCGCAUCAUUCCUAAAACAUGGAACCAAAGUAUUGCACUGCGUCUGGAGCUCUUUGGCUGUGACAUUCAUUAGAAUUAAAUCCAAGAAAAACAAACAAACAAACAAAAGCUGAAGAAACUCCUUCAGGCCUAAACCAUUCAGAGUAGGCAAUAUAGUAUGGAUAUUUUAAGUGUUGACAAAUGUUCUGCUGUUUUUUUUCCUAAUAGAGAAUAAUGAGGAGCUUUUACAAUGUUCCUUCGUCGCUCCCAUUAAGUGAGAUGGCGGCUAUUAUUUCUUCACUGAUUUGAAUAUAAAUGGAAAAAUAUUAAGACUAGGCAAGAAUAUGACUUUCACUCUGAUUAAAGAUCCUAUAUAAUGUAAUAGUUAUAUAAUGAAAUGAUAUGAUUCAUUGUGGCUCUUUCAAAUCCUGUAGACAUUAACAAAAUAGCUAUUACUUUUGGAAACUUUUCAUGGACCUAGAAAAACCUUUAUUUCUAUAUUUUUCUUUUAAAAGCAAACUGUAAUUUGUAAAACAGGGGAAACAAAAGUAGCUGAGGUUUUUUUUUUCUUAUGUAAUAGAAAAAAAAAUAUCUUGUAAUUGAGUGAGAACUUAAAAUACCCAGUGUUGGUCUGGCUCAGUGGGCAAAAGUGCUUGCUGCCAAAACAAAACAAGAGCAGCA